UAAACCCCCUCCGUUCCGUUACACUCCUCUCUCACUCUCAAAUCUCAAUGCAAAACCAGAAAUGAGAAAGCUAGCCCUAACAAGCUAAUCAUGAGAAGCAGAAGCCUGACUGUUCAGGAACAGAGUAGUAGUGGUGAUAGAAAUCUAAGGGCUUUCUUAGAGAGGCGGCGCUUGGCUCCGCUAACGCUAAACGACGACGUGGAGAUGUGUGCACCGAACCACCAUCCGUACCGCCAGUUGCCGCAGCAGCUCCACCUCAACCUCAACCUCUCCGUCCUCAAGCUCGAUGGCUCUCUCUUCGAUGUUUGUGUUGCCAAGAAUGCCACGGUAGCAGAGCUCAAGCAAGCCGUAGAGGAUGUUUUUGUUUCGUGUCAAAAGGAAAUUUCAUGGUCGCAUGUAUGGGGGCACUUUUGCUUAUCUUAUGCUGAUCAGCAGCUAAUUAAUGACAAAGCGUGUCUUCAAAAUUUUGGGAUCAAGGAUGGUGAUCAGCUGCAAUUCAUUCGGCAUAUGUCCAUCCAAAAUUCACCUUUGAGUGAAAGUGCCAAGAACAAGAACAUGAGCGUUGCUUGCAAACUGCACUCACUGUUCUCAUCAGGAUCAAAUUUUCACGAAGAGACUGGUUCAGAUGAUAUCGACGAUGACGAAAAUCAGGAGAGCUCCAAGUGCUAUAGUGAUGGCAACCAGGAGGAUGCUCCUAUUCCAGAGUUGAAGUUGGCUAAUGUCUUAAGGGGGUGGCUCCCAAAAUCCAGCUUGUGGGGCAUUUCAAGGAUGAGAUCAGAAGGCAGAUUUGGGCUGCACUGCUUAGGAGGUGGAAGUAGGUUUAAAGCUUACCAGAAAUGGAUGUAAAAUUGAGUAGGCUACUAUAUAUAGGUGAAAGCCUGUCCAAGCUUGCCCUUGGGCUGCCAUUUUGUUCCAGAAGGUGGUCUAUGAUCGUGCUUUAUAAGCUCAGCUAACACAAUUUUUUAUAUUUUUUUGAGUUGGAAGUAGGCGUAAUUUCCCCAACCAAAGAUAGAAGGAAAGAAAAGCGGGCGGGUGGAGGACUAGUUUCAGUGUAAAUAUCUUAUGGUUGGGUCCCUCUGUUAUUUUAGAUGUUUUCCAUGUAAAGCUUUUAAUUUUUAUCUACUGCCAAUUAGUAC